GCCUCGCCACAUUCACCGCUCGGUUCCUCUCCGGUCUCGGGCCGCCCAAAGACCCGAACUACUUGUCCUCCCUUCCCCCCUCGGACAUAGCAACCGAGGCAAUCUCAGUUAGGGCUCGCUCGAACUCUCGGUCUCCAUCCAUGGAGCCAGGGGUCGGCGAUGCCCCAGCCUCCGAAGUCCUCGAUCCCGAGCACAACGAACUGUCACCGCGCCGCCCACUACUGGUGCCGGGCGAUGACUGUGGCGAUGUGGUGCCUUCCGACGCCUACGAGACGGUCGAAUCCCACCUAUUGGGCUCUCUCUUCAACCUUACGCCCGCUUUCGAGCCGACUGAGCUGAGCUGUGACGCCUUCGAUGGGGAAGAUGCCCUGCCGACAAGCGCAGAGACGGCCGCUGACCUCGAUGGCUCUGCAGUCGAGCAAGCUUAUGCUUUUGAGCCGGUGGAUUCGGUUGAGCCGAUCCAUCAGGACACAGUGGGUUUGGGAGUCGAGGCGUCCGCCGCUCCGGCUCCCGUGAAGCGGAAGCGCGGGCGUCCACCGAAGGUUCUCGGCGGCGGGAGGAAGGCUACGGUGCCAAAGAAGAAGGACGAGGAGGAAGUGUGUUUUAUAUGCUUUGAUGGUGGUAACCUCGUGGUUUGUGAUCGUAGGGGCUGUCCUAAAGUAUAUCACCCCGCCUGCAUCCACCGGGAUGAAUCCUUCUUUCGUCCACGGAGUCGUUGGAAUUGUGGGUGGCAUAUAUGCAGCAUCUGUCAAAAGGCUGUCACUUACAUGUGCUAUACCUGUACAUAUUCUGUAUGCAAAGCUUGCAUUAGUCGAGCUAAUUUUUUCAGUGUUCGGGGCCAAAAGGGAUUCUGUGAGACCUGCUACAAGACUAUAAUGUUAAUAGAAUCAAAUGAAGAAGCUAAUGAGGAAAAGAUCAGAGUAGACUUUGAUGACAAGAGUAGCUGGGAAUAUUUGUUCAAAGUGUAUUGGUUAACUCUCAAAGGAAAAGUAUCACUCACAAUCGAAGAGCUUAGUAAUGCUAGAAGUUCAUGGAAAGGAUCUGGUACUUGUUUGUGUAAAGAUGAAACAUUUGACAAAUUAUAUGAUGCUAAUGGUGACCAAGAAGCCUGCUCUGAUGACUCUUCCAAACAUUGCCAAAACAUUUCUCUAAGGAAAAGAGUUGGGAGGGGUUCUAAAAGGUCGGUUGAUAAAGAACAUCCUGCCAAAGGCAUUGAGAGGGAGAAGGAAUUUUUUUCUGAAGACAAUAGAUGGGCUUCGCCAGCACUCUUAGAAUUUGUAGCACACAUGAAGGAUGGUGACAAUUCUGUUCUUUCUCAAUUUGAUGUUCAAGCCCUUUUAUUGAAAUACAUAAAGCAAAAUAACCUUCGCGAUCCUCGAAAAAAAAGUCAAAUUGUUUGUGAUGAAAGACUAAAAAAUUUGUUUGGUAAAGAACGUGUUGGACACUUUGAGAUGUUAAAGCUCUUGGAGUCUCACUUUUUAAUUAAAGAGGCUCACCAGAUUGGUACUGAUGACAACCAAGGAGCUAUGGAUUCUGAUUGUGGUCAAAUGGAUGAUGAAGAAUACAGUAAUCUCACAAAUAUUGGUUCUGAUAAACGACAGAAAAAUCGUAGAAGAUUUGGAGAGAGAGAACUUCAGUCCAAUCUUGAUGAUUAUGCAGCAAUAGAUGUCCAUAACAUCAAUCUUGUUUAUCUACGUCGAAAUUUGAUGGAGGAUUUAAUUGAUGAUGCCAAAUUCACUGAGAAGGUUGUUGGCUCUUUUGUUAGAAUAAGGAUUCCAGCUGCAGGUCAAAAGCAAGAGAUGUAUAGGCUUGUUCAAGUUAUUGGCACACAUUUAGUUUCUGAAAAAUACAAAGUGGGCAAGAAAUCAACAGACAUUGCAUUGGAUAUUUUAAAUUUAAACAAGAUGGAGUCUUCAUCCAUUGAUGCCAUCUCAAACCAGGAUUUUACAGAGGAGGAAUGCAGACGUUUGAGGCAGAGCAUAAAAUGUGGCUUGAUUAGAAGAUUGACUGUGGGGGAUCUUUUAACAAAAGUCAAAGCUAUACAAGAAGUGAGAGUUAAAGAUUGGUUAGCAAGUGAGAGAAUGCGACUCAGUCAUCUUCGUGAUCGAGCAAGUGAUUUAGGCAGGAGAAAAGAGCUCAGAGAGUGCAUUGAGAAGUUGCAGAUUUUGGACACACCUGAGGAACACCAGCGUCGACUUGGUGAAAUUUCACAAAUACAUGUUGAUCCACAUAUGGAUCCCACUUAUGAAUCUCCUGAAGAAACAUAUGAUAAGGAAGAAGAUAGAUUUAACAGGUCCAGUGUUCCUUUAUCUCUUAAGAGAGGAAGGAAUUUAUUAUCUCCUAGUAGAGAAUCAAUUUCAAGUUACCAAUUGAAUGAGGCGACAAGAACCUUAAGCACUGAUCGGAUAUCAAACAAAAAUCAUAGACCUGAAGAUGCAGCAGAUAAGAUUGCAUAUAAUCAUGCAGUGAAACACGAUGCCACUGUUUGGAACAGUACCCAACUUGAAACUAAAGUAGAAAACUCUUAUAAUGCUGCUUCUGAAACUGUGAUCAGAUCUUUAGGUGUUUCUGUGUCACAAUAUGGCAGUGAGCAUGACAAAGUGUGGCAUUAUCAAGAUCCAUCUGGAAAAAUCCAGGGACCCUUUUCAAUUUUGCAGUUGCGCAAAUGGAGUUCCACUGGGUUUUUCCCACCAGAUCUUAGGGUAUGGCUAGCAUCCAAAAAUCAAGAAUCCAUGUUAUUGACUGAUGCACUGCUGAAAUUCCAGACUUGUUCACAACAAAAUUCUCAAACUGCUAAUCUUACCCAGUCUCCAAGUUUUUCAGGUGCAGCUAAUAGUGGACAUAACUGGGAUGUGGGUUUGAGACCGCCACUUGCAGAUAUCCAGCAAAAUGAUCACCAUUCGAAUGCAAAUCAGAAUGAUGUGACUGUAUCUGCUGCUGGGAUCAAUGUGACAAACGUUGAUAAACAGGUUCUUCAGGUAUCUAAUUACACUGAGCAAAACAGGGAACUCAUUACUCAGGGAAGGGUUGGAGCCUCUACAUGUGUCUGGGAAUCUUCAGCAGAUAUAAAUACUUGGUUCGACCAACAUGUAAGUUAUAAUAUCCCAGACCCAAAACCAAGUCUUUCUCCUCCCUCAAGUAGAAGUCCGUACAAUUCUCCAGCCUAUCAAAGCAUAGGAAUGCAAGUAGAAAAUGCUGAAAGAUGGAGUAGGAACCAGGACAACAGGAGUUCCUGGAAUUCAAUUAGGACUAGACCCAUAAUACCUACUGGUCAGGGUUAUGAAGGUCAAUAUCCUAGUCAGAGCCCCCCUUUAAGCCAAAAAUCCCAUCAGGUUUCUCAACUCUACCAACAAAUUCAAUCACCCAAUAAUCCUAGAAGUCACUGGGAAAAUGAUGGAUACAGCCCACCUACUCCCACUCUGCAGCCAAGUAGUAGCUGGACAAGUCAUCAAGCACAUACUAUGCCACCGUCUGCAUCUGUUACUUCUAUUCAUACAGUACGCAACAGCUGGAAUGCUAUACCAAGUGCUCAGUUGCAUCAAUUAGGCACCAACACUAUGGACACCAAGGUUAGUGUUCCAUUAGUGGAUGCUGUUGGUGGAUGGAGUCCAAAGUCAUCACUGAAUGCCCUUGAUCAAUAUGCAGAGCCAAAAGGCUGGGUCUCAGAGUCUGCUACACCAAUAUCAGCUGCUGAUACCAACCUGGAUCUUGGCAAAAUGGAUAAUUUGAGUAAUUCAUCACUGGGCAAUCAGCAGAAAAAGCAUUUAUCUCAUCCAAUUUCUUCAAGUGCUUCAUUUAGGAAACACAGCCAAUUUUUUGAAAGUUCAUGUCCUAGCCCAACUCCAAGUAGUGAGGAACAUGGCUCCUCUUUUCCAAUAGAUGACUCUGAUUCUCACAGGGAUGGACCCACAGAAGAUGCAGAUGUACAGAGUCCUGUUGUUACUGUUCCUGCAUCAGGAUCAUUAAAUAGAAUUAGUCCUUGCCUUUCUGCUGAGAUAGAUGGCAUACAAGCCUCCAUGAAAGUCCAGGCUGAAAUGACAAAUAAGAUUACUGAGAUUGAAAGGUUGGCUUCGCUGUCUUAUGAGUCAGAGAACAAACAGCCUUCUCUUGAACAGACAGAUGACAAGGUGCAAAACCUCACUCCAAUUAGGAGGGCGGCAUAUAAACCUGAUGCAUUAGACAAUGAUUCAGUUCAGAAAUCAGAAGCAUUGACAGAUCCCAAACUAGCACCUGAAGUGACAAAAGACCAGGAUAAUCUUGAUUAUUUUGGCACAAAUGUUGCAUUUUCAGGGAAUAAAUUGGAUCAAAUGGAAACUGAAAAUCCAGAAUACUUCUCUGGCCUUGCCCACAUUGAUACAAAGGGCAUUGAGUUGGCAUCACCUUAUACCACACCAACCUCUGGACCAUAUGAAUGGAAUGCUGCUGUUGAUUCUGCCUCUGGGAAGAACCAAAGUGACAUAUUGGUUUCUUCGGUUGAUUUUCUUCCUCCACUAUCUCCAACUAUAACAGACAUGUUUGCUGAACCUAAGUCAUCAGGAAACACUGCUUGUGAGAUGGCUGAUGAUUCUGCUGACAACAGUUGGGAGAUAGCCCCACAUUGCCCAAGAAUUGGAGCAGGAGCUCAUGGAGCUGGACCUGGUAUGGUCAGUGGAGUGAUAGUUCAAGAGAAAACCAAUGUGGCUUGGGGAACUGCAGAACAGACAACCACUGAAACCGGUUGGACUACGCCCACAAUGAAAAAUGCUGCUGAUACAAGCACAUGUUGGGCAAAAAUGGCAGUGAGGGACUCAAGAGAAGCCUUGAAUACUCAAGGCAACCUAAACAUCAAUACUGGCUGGGGAGCACCUCAAAAAACCAAUCCUGGGUGGGAACCAAGAAUGAAGAUAAGCUCUGGUGCAGAAUCUGGCUGGGUACUCCCAGGAUAUAUACAUCAGAAUGAAAAUGCCAACUCUAGUGGGGGAACAUUUCACGGAAGCAAGAGUGCUAGCUGGAGUUCAGCAAACAUAUACCAUGAGAAUGUGGACCUUCAGAAAAGACAUGGUGGGGAUAGAUACCAUGAAGGCAGUGAUUCAGGUUAUAGUGGCAGAUGUAAUUCACAAACCCGGAAUUAUUUUGGUGGAGCUGGAGGGCCUGCACGACCUCUGAGAGGACAAGGGCAGAGAGGGGUGUGCAAGUUCUAUGAGAGUGGGCAUUGCAAGAAGGGUGCAUUGUGCAAUUACCUGCAUCCAGGAGAGUAAAAUUUUGCUUCCCACCUUGUCAUUCCAGUUUUUGUACAGUUAAACUAAUGGCGCUGUGCUGAUGUAUACCAUCAAAAGUCUUGCUUGUAUUAAGUUCAAUUUCCAGAAUAGUUCUUGAAGCAGCAGCCGUUCAAUAUGAGUACUGGAUCUUUGUAAUAUAGUUGGCUAGGCACAUGAUUAGGAUGAGCUAGCCAUGUUCUGUUUAUGUUGUAGACGGUCAGUAUAAUUUUAACUUGUUAUGACCACCAACCAA